AUAUAGACACAGCUUUAAUGUCAACUGUACGACAAUCCAAUCCCGUUUUACUGGAAUCAUAUUUUGGCUUUCUGUGGUGUCCUGUUGGUUUUCAAUCAAACGAGAUGCUACCGACAUGGAAUGGACUUCAUUUCGCGGAAUGUUGUGUAACCAGUUAUUUAUUAUGUUUACGUAUUCCGUUGUGGGAGCGAUAUUAUCAAACAAAUUCCCCAAAUAUAAAAAGUUUUAUUAUUCAAUUGCUGGUACAUUUUUGGUGUUAAACUUUAUUUCCAUUGAGGGAUUCGCCUUUGUUUUUACAUUAAUUACAAGUUUUUAUUUUGUUAUACAGCUACGCAACCAAACUCUAAUGUGGAUGUUUAUACUAACCUUUUUAGUCUGUUUUCACACAGAUAAUUAUAGGCAUUACUUAUUCUCUUUAUUCGGUAUCAAAGUUCUUCACACUAUUAAUACCUAUGUUUCUGUGUUAAUGACAGUUUUACGUUUGAUAAGUUACGGAACAGAAACCAUAAAUUCUUCAACUAGUACAUUCUUUGAAUACAUUUGUUAUUUAUUUUACUACCCGUUAUUUUUUCAAGGCCCAGUAUUAACGUUUGACCUAUUUAUUACAGAUUUUAAUAAACCCAAAGAAAGAUUUAAUAAAGAAAUUAUUUUUAAAUUUCUGAGGUGUGGUAUUAUUGGAGUCGCCAUUGAUGUCUAUUUUCACUUCUCAUUUGUGAAUGCAUUGUCAGCAAAUACAAACUUAUUGCAAACACUGAAUGAGAUUGAAGCUAUCUCAGUGGGAUGGCCUCUGAUGGUUUUAUUUAUUUUAAAGUACAAAGUUUUUUAUGGAUUAGCGAACAUAUUUUCAAAACUAAAUGGAAUCGAAGCUCCUGCUCCUCCAAAAUUUGUUUGUACAUGGUACACUUUAGUUGACAUGUGGAGAUAUUUUGAUCAAGGAUUUUAUAGAUUGCUUCAAAGAUCAAUUUAUUUUCAAAUGGGGGGAUCGCAUCAAAGUAUUUUAAGAACAUCAAUAGCAUCUUUGCUUUGUUUUGCAUUUGUAUCUUUAUGGCACGGGAACGAUCAACAGCAUUGGUACUGGGGAUUGUUAAACUGGUUGGGAAUUUGUUUUGAACACUGUAUAAAAAAAAUAGUCAAAAGUAAAUAUGGAGAAAAAUUACACAGCAUAAUUGGAUGUAAAAUGCAGCGAAGAAUUGUUGGAGUAAGUGGGUCAUUAACAUAUUUAUUUUUAGUGUAUUCAAAUAUGGUGUUUGUAACAAGCAUCGAGUCGGCAAACUUGAUUUAUCUACAAGCAUUGUCAAAGUGGUACUUUCCUUCUAUUAUCAUCACCGUAUACUUAGCAAUUCAAGUUACUCAUGAUUUUAACGAGAUUAAAAAUAAAACGAAGAAUUUUAAUAAACAGGUUUAACAACGGUUUCAACACAGAAAAAGUUUAACCGUAGAAAUAUAAAAUAAAAAUUUCCGAGAACUAAGAUUUAUUGAAAUAAAAAAUUCUUAUAUUAU